UUUACGAAUGCGCGUCGCAACUAAUCCUCUAUCUGCUGCGGAAUGAAAAAAUCUUUCCUUAGUCUCGUCCUCGACGACUUCCGGCCCCCGUUCAGUCGCACUUGCCGCGAAAAUGCUUCCGUCAACUUCCGUCAGCUUCAGAUCGUCUGAAAAAUCGAACAUUCGCGCCUAUAUUUUUGUUCCCAUUCGAAACAAGGCAACAUUUACGUUAAUUGAUCGGCAAUUUCCCACAGACUGAUCCUAUACUUCGUUUAAAACGGUUUAUAACCUCUAUAAUUAGUGUAUAACGUAACACACUGAUUAUAAAUACGAAACAUAUCGAAUACAAUGGGCCUGGUUAACAAUUGGACUUACAUAUACCAAAGAAAUUGAACAUAUCCGUAAAUUUUUAAUUUAUCAAACAUGUGCGACUGCCCCGUUGACAAGAAAGACACCGAUGGCAACCGUGAAACUCCAGAAACUGUCACACUCUUCAGGAAAUGUCCAAAGUCGUACCGUUCUGCAAAAGAUAUAACCGGAAAAACGAGUUGCGACGCGGUUUCUGAUAAAGAUAACUGGUGUCCGGCCGAUUCCUCGCAGUCUGAUCUAGGAUUGACCAUGUGUCACGCCACUAAUGUGUCUUCGAUUAGUUCUAUCUCUUCCAGUGACACGAGAACGUACAAGUUUGUCAGUCCUCAAGAGUGCGAGUGUCUUCCUGGGGAAGACGACGAGCCCUGGCAGCCUCCUGUGGUGUCCUUCGAGCCAUGCGCCUGCGAAGAGGAAGUCGAAGAGGUGCCAGACAUCGAGUGCACUCUGGCAAUUAUAAAACCGGAAGCGGUCGUCUUCAGGAAGCAAAUUGAGCGACGCAUCUUCGAAGAAGGGUUCGAGAUUUAUCAGACGCGGUGGCUCCAGUUAACGCCGGAACAGGUGUCCGAAUUUUAUUCAGACAGAUAUGGCCACCUGAAUUUCGCGCACUUAGUCGCUUACAUGGCGUCUGGUUCUAUUGUUGUUCACGUUCUGGCGAAACGUCGUGGCGUGGAAGAGUGGAGGUUACUUAUGGGGCCGACUAAGGUCACAGAAGCUCGACUGUAUUAUCCUGACAGCAUCAGAGCGAGGUAUGGCAGAAGAGGCGAGGAUUUUAAGAAUGCUGUACAUGGCAGUAGCACGAGAGAAGAUGCGGAGAGGGAGAUUCACUUCUUCUUCCCAGAACUGACAGUCGAACCUCUCUUGAAAAAUGAAGCAGCAGUCGAUUACUUAGAAGAGACCAUCAAUUCAGUCCUUGCGGAAGGUUUAUCUUUGGUAAGCCAGCACUGUGUACACUAAUUGUCCACGUAACAUUAAUCAUGUAACAUCUUCUUUCAGUGUUGCAAAUUCAAACCAGCUGAACCUGUCCUGUGGCUGGCCAAUUGGCUGAUAACGAACAAUCCUAAUAAACCCAAGUUGCCGCAAGAUCUUGCUAUGAUCCCAACUUAA